UUAGAUCGUAAACAUCAUCGACAUGUAAAGAUUUAUGGUAAACAACAUCUUGUGCAGAGUUAAAAAAAUAUACUAACCUGUCUUGUGUUUUUAUUUUAUAAAUCAGCUACAACUAAACCACAUUUAAAAUAACCUAAGUCCUGUAAAUUGUAAGAAUUUUUCUUUGUUUAGUUCCAAAAUUUGACAUGAGCAGUUCAAGCAGCCAAACAGCCCUCGCGCGAAGCUUCGGUGCAGUCUGCAGCCCUCCGUCGUCCUCUGCUUUAUCCCAGACCCCCAACAUGUUGGACUCGGCUGCAGAACAGAUGAUGGUUCACAAAGAUUUCCAGGCAACUUUUGAUGCUUGCGAAAAAGGUUUACAGAGUCUUGCGAACAUGGACCAAGAAGACAACAGAUGUGUGGAAUUAAAGGCAGGUUUCUGCAUCUUGGGGAUCCAGGCACUGGCUGAGCUGAAUCAGUGGCAUGGGGUCCUCUCCUGGGUGCUGCAGCAGUAUGGGCACGUGGAAAACAUACCAGCUAAAAUAAUGCAGAUGUGCAUUCUCCUCUACUCCAAGGUAGACGAGCCUGCCGUAAUGCAGGAGGCAGCCGGGGUUUGGUUACGCUGUUCGUCUAACUGCAGAGCGGCUGGUUUCCGGACGGUGGCGGAGUUGUAUCUGCUGCACGUACUCGUGCCUCUGGGGCAUGCAGAAGAGGCGCGCGAGCUUAUUGCCGGGGAGGUGGGUGCCGUUGCGUUCACAGAGGACCAGAGACAAACGGCGCUGGAUGUUGUGGAAGAAAAAGAACGGCAAAGGGAAGAACCUCCUCCACAUCCCAGGAUCGGUCCCGGCUCUGAGAUGACUGCACAUCCUGUCUCCAGUCCAGGUUCUGUAAUCCAUAAAAUCGAAGCCAUGCUCAGGUUUUUAUACAGAAAACUUUUGUUGACCGGCUCUGGUUCGUUCCCUCUUCGGAAAGUCUUUCUGGUUGCUGUUCUCCUCUACAUGAUUUUUUUCCGACUGGAUCCAGCUCUCCCAUCAUCAUUCCUGUGGAUUUCCAAACUUCUUCAGCUGCUCAAACAGAUGUGGAGAGCCAUGUUCGCACCGUAUUAUAAGGCUCUAGCUGACAGUCAAGGGCUGUAAAAGACUGAAAAUCACAAUGUUCUCUGUACAAUAAGCUCUUUUAUUCUCCAAAGCCCAUAAACAGUUUUAUUUUGGGGAUAAAAACACAGCAUUUUGAUGUUACAAAGAUGCAUCAGAUUACCAAUAACCUAUUUUAUUGCUUGAUUUGUUAAGCUACAGUUCAGCAACUCAUCUUUCCACGUUUCACCGCUGUCCCACCAGCUCAUCAUUGAAGUUGUAGGUCCAGGCAUCAGCUUUACAACUUUAUUAGAUCAAUAAUCCAGGUCAGGGUGGCAUCAAUAAACUAUGAGCCUAAGAAUAAGGUAAAGGUACUCCUGCAGUAAGUCUUUAAAUGUUGAGUUUGGCUUUUUGGUUUUCAGGAAAAAGUUAUUUUACUAUGACACUGACUCAGCAGUUAGUGGAAGAAAAGCUCAGACAUUUACAGAGAAGUAACCUCAUAUAAAAGCACUGAGUCAAAGCCACAAUUUGUCAUCAUCAAACCUCUUUAAGUUUAAAAGUCAGAGUAUUAAGGAUUAUGUAUUUGAUUAAUACCAAUGCAGUACUGCUUAUGCUCACACAGACUUGCAGGACUUCAUCAGUCCAGCUUAUGUUAAUGAGGUAGUUAAAGCAUCACAGGGUAAAUGUCAGGGGUUGUGAAAGUUGGAUUACAUUUUGGACUUGAAGCUUUAUUUUUUUAUAUAUCUAGAGGACCAAAUUUAGACAGAUGGGCUCAACUGUGCCUGCGGUUAAGCAUAUCUCAUAGUUUGAAAUCUUAUAAAGCAUCAAGACCUUAAUUUGAAAAGUCUGAAAGUGUAAAAUAAAAUGUUGUGCAGAAA